AGCCCAGGAUGGAGGAUUCCCGGGAGACGUCGCCGUCCUCCACCAACUCCUCGGAAGAGCUCAGCUCUGCCCUGCGGCUGUCCAAGGGCAUGUCCAUCUUCCUCGACAUACUGAGGAGAGCAGACAAAAAUGAUGAUGGAAAAUUAUCCUUUGAAGAAUUCAAAGCAUAUUUUGCAGAUGGUGUUCUCAGUGGAGAAGAAUUACAUGAGCUCUUCCAUACCAUUGAUACACAUAAUACUAACAAUCUUGACACAGAAGAACUAUGUGAAUAUUUUUCUCAGCACUUGGGCGAGUAUGAGAAUGUACUAGCAGCACUUGAAGAUCUAAAUCUUUCCAUCCUGAAGGCAAUGGGCAAAACAAAGAAAGACUACCAAGAAGCCUCCAAUUUGGAACAAUUUGUUACUCGAUUUUUAUUGAAGGAGACCUUGAAUCAGCUGCAGUCUCUUCAGAAUUCCCUGGAAUGUGCCAUGGAAACUACUGAGGAGCAAACCCGUCAAGAAAGGCAAGGACCAGCCAAGCCAGAAGUCCUGUCGAUUCAAUGGCCUGGAAAACGAUCAAGCCGCCGAAUCCAGAGACACAACAGCUUCUCCCCUAACAGCCCUCAGUUUAAUGUCAGUGGUCCAGUUCUGAAAACAGUAUUAGUACAAAAUAUCCUUCCUAGAGACUUUGAUGUGACAGACACGUUAAAUCCUUUGGGAACAACCCAGAUUGGAGCACCAAGUAGUCCUGAUACAGUAGUAAUAUUCCCCUUAAACAGCUCUGAUGAUACAGGCAACCUUUGUCAAUCUCACAUCAUGCUCGUGCAACGUCAGAUGUCUGUGAUAGAAGAGGAUUUGGAAGAAUUCCAACUUUCUCUGAAACACUAUGUGGAGAGUGCUUCCUCCCAAAGUGGAUGCUUGCGUAUUUCUAUACAGAAGCUUUUGAAUGAAUCUCGCUACAUGAUUUAUGAGUUCUGGGAGAAUAGUAGUGUGUGGAAUAGCCACCUUCAGACGAAUUGUAGCAAGACAUUCCAAAGAAGUAACGUGGAUUUCUUGGAAACUCCAGAACUCACAUCUACUAUGCUAGUUCCUGCUUCAUGGUGGAUCCUGAACAAUAACUAGAUGGUCCUAGACAUUUUCUUUAUGGUUGGUUCCAAGUGCAGAACAAGUGUUCUUAUCUAAAAUAUUAAUUAGAAAAUUCUCUGUGGUUGUUAAUCUACUGUAUACUUUUGUUUCAUAUAUUAAUCUAAGUGCACUCUUCUAAAAUGUAUUCUAUAUUCAUGUGAAUUUUAGCUCAAUUUUCAGAGUUCACUAUUAUUCUCAAUAUUCGAUGCCAUCUAGUGACAAAAAUCCUAAUAUGUGGAAAAAGUAUAUGCAUAAAGGAAUAAAAUUGUGAAAAAGAAAUUAUGAUAAAGAAAAAAUAUUUAAAAUGGGAACUUUUGGAGUAUACUUCAUAGGACAGAUUUUGUAGAUUGUCAUAUACUUUAAGGGGUUAAAUCAGUGUUUUGUGAUUUUUUUAAGUAACAGAUUUUCUGUGAGUGAAGCUUAUUCUUCAAUAGUGUCUACUCCAUUCCCAACUCACGAUCCUAUGACCAUUUUCUUUACAUUACUUUAAAAAGUAGUAUAUAGACAUAAAACAACCUUGUGUAACCUAUAGAAUCUCUGUCAGUUUAUAAGCUGCUUUUUCAAAAGUGGACAGUUUUGUGAUAAGUUAGGGUACUAUUUGGUAAUGUAUCACCAUUAUAUCAUUUAUUAGCAUCAUAAUUCCCUAUAUAUAAGUUAAACACAUCAAGAAAAGAAGAGAGUUUUACUCUGGAGAAAUCUGCAUAUGGUUUUGGUCUGUGAUCUGGAGAGUCCAUUUUCCAAAAAAUAGACAUUUGCAUUUAAAUCUGAUUUCAAAAUACUUUAAAAAUAAAAUUUUAACCCAAAUGAAUAAAGAGGGAAUACAAAACAAGUACAAAACUUUAAGGAAGUAUAUAAAAUAGGGAAAGUACUGGACAGAAGACAUCUGUCUUCCAGUUUCAACACUACAAUGACUAUAUAUUCUUUUCUACAAGCUCAGAAAUUAAAUAUUUUUAAUAAUAAAAGUCUCUUCUAUUCCUGUUAUAAACCCUGCUAAUGAAAACAUAAUACCUAUAGAAAUGUGUUACCAUGUCAUUCUCUAAUCCAAAUUCCUUUAAAGCCAUGGGCCUUUGGGGAAAAUUUGCAAAGUAAAAUUUUCCUGUUUUUUCAUUGUUGGAAAACUCAAGAAAAAAGUUUGAACUAAAUUUUACUUCUUAACCAUAAAAUUUGACCUAAAAUAUUUUCUCAAACUAAUUUAUGGAACAUUUGUUUUUACCAAUACUGUUGUAUACCCUCAGCCCUCAUUCAAUCUAAUUGAAAUUAAAGAAUUUCUUCAUAGUUUCUAUUAGACAUAAGCAGUAAAUUUUGACACAUAUAUGUGUGUGUCUCUGGUUAACUCUAAAGAUGGCAAGCAUUAGGAAACAACACCUGGCUCAACUUUUUUAAUUUAUAUACAAAAUAAAGAACAUUAAUGAA